AUGCAGCGUCUCCACCCACUGCAAACAAAUCCUGAAUUCUCUAUCCUCCGCACAGACUACUUUCACGAAUAUCGAGUUGAAAAUUGGCAUCUUGCACGAGAUGGGAGUGGUUCUGUCAUUCGCCAUGCUUCUCCUUGGUCAUGGAAACAUUCGAUAAUCCCACUCAUAAUAUCCAUUUCGUGGCCUAAAGUGCACCCAAAUGCCUUUCCCUUCACUGGAUCUUUCACUCGCACCCUCAUAUUAUUGGCCACUAUCUUCUUUGUGUGGACGCGUUGUACACAAGUUAUUCACGAGUCCGUCAUCGUCCUCCCUGAACACGGAGUUCAACUUGAGACUCAUAAAGGGCUACCGCCGCUCACACUAUUCAUUACUAGACGCUUCGUACCAUAUACUAUUCUAAGGGACGUUGUCAUAAAUGAGGGAAUCAAGAGGUGGGAUAUCCGCUACUACUUGGUCGCUUUAAAAGAGGGAGCUACAGGCAGUGUUGGACUUGAAGUUUGCUUCCCGAACAUCCUCCCCCAUUUUCCCAUUCUUUUGCAGGUUUAUCGAGACUUACGCGAAUUCGUUGCAUUACAAAUGUCAUUGUCUUCACGACCUCCAUAG